AAGUGCCCUUACGCGGGAACUGGGAGGCUGACAGACUUUGCCUUUGCGCUUGCUGCUGCGAUCCCCAAAGAUGAUGUUAGCAGAGCAAGCCCAGAAGUGGUUCCCAACUCACGUGCAAGUUACGGUCCUUCAAGCCAAAGGUCUGAAGCCAAAAGGUAAAAAUGGCAGCAACGAUGCCUACACCAUCAUACAGCUGGGCAAGGAGAAGUAUUCCACCUCGGUGGCCGAGAAGACCCUGGAUCCCAUCUGGAAAGAAGAGGCCUCCUUUGAGCUCCCUGGAUUACUCAUGCAGGAGAAUCCAGAAAAAUACAUCCUCUACCUGAUUGUCAUGCACAGGUCGCUGGUGGGGCUGGACAAGUUUUUGGGACAGGUGGCGAUAAGUCUGAAUGAUAUAUUUGAGGACAAGCAAAGAAGGAAAACAGAGUGGUUUCACCUAGAGUCCAGACAAGGGAAGAGAAGUAAAGACAGAGGAGAAAUAAAGGUCAAUAUUCAGUUUAUGAGGAAUAACAUGACAGCAAGUAUGUUUGAUUUGUCAAUGAAGGACAAAACCAAAUCCCCUUUUGCUAAACUAAAAGACAAAAUGAAGGGGCGAAAAACCGAUGGGACAUUUUCGGAUACAUCCUCUGCAAUCAUCCCAAGUACUCACAUACCUGAUGCAAAUGUAGAGGUAUGUAGUGGCGAAGUACAAUUGAAAUCAAAACCAAAAAAACCUUUCCUUUUGGGACCUCAGCGGCUAUCAUCGGCUCAUUCGAUGUCAGAUUUAACGGGAUCGCAUGUCUCCUCAGAAAAAAUGAAAUCCAGCACAGUUGGCUACUCUCAUCUUUUCAGGCGUCAGCUUGAAUCUUUUGGUUCAGUUGAUGAAGGUGGGAGUCUAAAAUCUCCACAUAGAAGGACAUUAAGUGUUGAUACUUCUAAAAUGAACCAGCUUGACAGCACAGCUGAUGAAACUGCACUUGAAGCACAAAAUGACCCAUUUACCAAUGUGAGUGCUUCGUUACCCCAAAAAUUUGCUACACUGCCAAGACAGAAGAAUCCGUUUGAAGAAAGCCCAGCAACAUGGGAUCAAAACAUAAGUCUGUUUUCCAAACCUGUUGAAAUCAGAAAAGAAAUUAAAAAAGAGAAAAAAGAGAAAGUUAGUCUUUUUGAAAGAGUGACUGGAAAAAAAGAUAGCAAGAGGUCAGAUAAACUUAGCAAUGGGGGAUCAGACAGUUCUACUGACUUGAAAUCACCUAGCACGUUUGGUGAAACUCAUCAGGAGAGUUUUGAUUAUGAUUCCACUAAUCCGUUUAUGACAAACUUCAAGCCUACAAGCAUGUUGCCAUCUUCAAGUUUUAACGUGAAUCCUUCUGGCAAUGAGGACCCCAGGAAAACAAUGGAUGGAAAUCCUUUUGAUGCCACUGCAGGAUACCGCAGUCUUACUUAUGAAGAGGUUUUACAGGAGCUGGUGAAACAUAAAGAGCAACUUAAGAAGAAGGACACCCAUAUUCGUGAACUUGAGGAUUACAUUGAUAAUCUUCUUGUACGAGUAAUGGAAGAAACACCGAGUAUUCUCAGAGUGCCAUAUGAACCUUCUCGAAAAGCUGGCAAAUUUUCCAAAAGCUAAGAUAGUGAUAUUUCAUGGUACUUUCUGCUGAAUAUAUUAGUGGAAGGAAAUCACACUUUAACAUUUUGACUUCUCUUCAUCCCUUUUCUCUUAAGAAAUUCCAGGAAUCAGGGGAGGAUGGGGCUAUGGCGUGGGGUUUUUUUGUUUGUUUUUUACUCCAAACACUAGCAGGGACUGCCAAAAGUAAUAUUCUGUUAGAUUACCUAAAUAACUUUUUUUUUUUCUUUUUGAAAACAUCUUUAGGUACAGAAUAUUUACAGUAGAGUUAAUAAUACACAUUAAAUAUGUCCAUGCAGUAAUAGCUUAGUGUUCACCAUGUGGCAGUUUCAACUGGGAAGCCUGUGCUGUUUUCUUGAAUGAUUAUUGAUAUUAUGCAAAUAUAUCAAUUCUGGUAGUACAGCAUGCCAUCAAAACCACUGUUUUCAAGCCAGUGUAGUACGCUUUACUGAACCUAAGUGUGGUUUGUUGCAAUGGAAUGUAGUUUGUUCUACACAUAUUAGAGGAAAACAGUGAUGCACAAUCUUUGCAGAGUAAAUGCUGUAUUCUGUACAUUGUGCUUUUUAUAUAACAAUGUAAAAAAUACCCUGCCAUUUCAGCAAUGGCACAUGCUGGAAUCAGUUAUUUUACACUUAAAUGCUGAAUUUUGUGUAUAAUGACUGAACUUUGGUAGUGAGCUCAUGACAUAAGGUUGUUUUGAGGAACUUUUUGUAUGAAGUUAUUGCAUGCUUUUUUAUACGUUAAAGUAUUUGAACAAUGUUAAUAGAGUCGGAGGUAGGACUGGAGAAAAGUAUGGAAUAAAGAUACAAAUACUUUGUUCAGUCAAAGUCUACUACAGUGAAAAUGUAGGAGAAAUGAACAGACUGACUUAAAUAGAAAUGAUAAUUCAAAAAAUAGAGAACUGACUCAAUUUAAAGGUUGAGUUUUACAUGGUAUAUAUCUGGUUUAGGUUUUUUAAAUCUUAUGACAAUGAAGUAUAUGCCUUUACAAAUAGGCUAUGCUGCUUAAACACAUAUAGAGUACUUAGAAAGGCUUUUCAUUAAAAAAAAAUCUGCAUUCCUUGUAAGUAUUUCUAAAAGUCAGUUUUCAUUGAGGAAAAUGAAAGAAGAAUGUAGUAAAUGUCUUCCUGAUCAUUUAAUAGUUGUUUGUAAAAUGACAUAUGAAAAAGAUAUCUGUUAUUCAAUAAAUUGGCAAAAUAUAGAGUGAUGAACAUAUAAUGGGAAAAUACUGUAGGAGAAGAAUCCUCACAAUAUUGACAUAAAUAGGUUUUGAUUUUAAUUUCCUUCUUAAGAUCCUCAGUUGGAUUGUCUGCUGCUGUGAAACAGUAAAAUGAUAUUAAAAAGAAGUACAGAGAAUAUUUUAGAUUUGGAUUUAAGAAAACUGACUGUCUUCUCCUCUUCCUCCUCUCCUUAUUUUCUAUACCUGAUUGUUUCUUUUUUUACGGCAUCAUGUAAUGGUGAUUGCUGAGGAGGAAAAAAAGCUUAAAAUUAAAUUCCAUUUUUUUGUUGUUGUUGUAAAAGAUCUAAAUAUGUUUUCCUUUUUAAACAUGCAAAAAUUAGAAAUAUCUUGAAUAAUUAUGACCUGGAAAAGUUGAAGAAUGCUUUUGGCAAUGUUAGUAUUGUAUGACAGCACAGAAUUAUUCUUGUUGGAAAAAAUACUUAUUUGUACAGUUGUUCUCAGAUUUCAUUUACUUAUUUUUGGCUUUUUCUUCUUUUUUUUUUUUUUUCUUUCUUCCCUUUAUUUUCUUCUUUUUUUUUAGCAACUACCUCCCAUCCCCCUAGCGCUGUGUCCCUAAAAUGUAUGCAGUUUGAGCGUUCCCAACGCACUGUUGGGAUCCAUUAGCGUAGAUCAUUGUACCUGGAUGGAGCCCAAGUGAUUCAAGCCCUGCCUAGUGCUCUGCAUUUAGAUGUGUGUAGCACAGAAAUGGGCCCACUUCAUCAGGUAGUCUCUCCUUUGACAACCUAAGGAUUUAUCAGGUUUGGUACCUCAUAAACCAUGUGAAUGUUCUUUUGACCCACUUAAGAUCUAAAUGACUGUAAAUUUUUUGUAAUAUAUUCAAAGUGCCAAAGGUUAUGUACUAAGUUAUGGUACGUUUACUGUUGGAAGUUAGGUUUUGCACUCAGAUUUUAAUUUCCUAAUUACACCAAGAUGUAUUUCAGUUACUCAGUAUUUCCAUAAAAGUUCUUAAACAUUUUCGAAUGUUUGGCCGAAGCAAGUGGUUUUCUCAUAUUGUUAAUGGGGAAGCAUUGUGCAAUUGUUUUGAAUUCCACAGUCAUUUUCAAACUAACUGGUAUGAGACCAUCUGUAGUAUCUACAAUGAUUAAAUCAUACACACUAAUGGGGUUUAGAGAGUAAACUAACCAGAGAAUAUGCUCCGAUGACUUUUCACAUGCAAGCCAACUUACAAUUAUUAAAAUGAAACUCUACUAUAUUUAGCACCUCUGAAAUCACUUCUUUUAGAAUGUAAAUGUAGAAUAUCAAACUGCAUAAUUGACUAAAAGCAGAUCAUUUGACAUAUUUGCAUACCAAGAACGAUAAGCAGAUUAAAGGUAGCGAAAAGAUCAAUUUUUGUGCAUUAGUGAAGAAAUUUAGUGAAGCUUUGAAUGUGCUAUCUAGUCUUUAUCUGAUCUAUAAGUGAAUAAAAGCACCUUUUGUUUCUAACAGUUUGUCAAGAAAGAGGGGAGAGGGACAACAGCAGUUUAGGAAAAGGUAAGGUUACUAAGAGAGGCAGAAUGAGACAUGUACAACUAUGGAAAUAGUUCUUAUAGCUAAAAAUAUGGGCUGCUUUUAAAGCAGUUCUGGAAAGAUUACGUGCACGUCAUUUUCUGCUUAGAAAGAAAAUUUUAACAUCUUUCUGUAUUUUGAAAUUUUUGAAAAGCAUCUU